AUGAUUCCCAUCAAUUCCCUUCUGAACAACGAGAUUGAGCCUGAGCGGUCUCACCGUGUUUCUACCUUACAGAAGCGGCCGAGGAUGGCUAAAGAUGCCCCGAUCUUUCGCCCGGGUAAGAUCCAGGGCGAGUGUCGCUAUCCUCCCCACGAGGAUCGGGAUGAGGAGCUAGUGAGACUCCAUGAAGAGUUCAAGAUGAAGCCCAUCGGGUCUAUUGCCAAGUUCCCUCGUCAUAUCCCCUAUGCCAGUGACAAGAAGACCUUCCAAGAGAAGACUGGCCGUGAUAGCUUUCAUGUCUUUCAAUACACCUUCAAAUUGCCCAGCGAAGAAAGGGAGUGGGCUGUGAUGUGGGACUACAACAUCGGCAUUGUCCGAAUCACGCACUUGUUCAAAUGCAAUGGCUACUCCAAGACUACUCCAGCCAAGAUGCUAAACGUCAACCCAGGUCUCCGCGAGAUCUGCCACAGCAUCACCGGCGGUGCCCUCUCGGCUCAAGGCUACUGGAUGCCUUUCGAGGCCGCGAAAGCCCUAGCAGUAACCUUCUGCUGGAAUAUCCGCUAUGCCCUAACUCCACUGUUCGGCAACGACUUCCCAGCCAUGUGCAUCCACCCCAACGACCGAAAGAACUUCGGACGCAUGGUCGUUCCACCAGGGGUCAUUCGACGCGCCACAGAAACCGCGAUGCACUACCGCUCUCUGGAGGCGUGCAACAACAUCGUUCACCCGCUCACGCCCCCAAACCGCCAUCUUCCUUCCAUGACCCACCACCUCCUCCAUGGUCCGGAGAGAUUGAUCAGAAAGAUUGAGUCGGAUGGUGAUGAUACUCUUAGUCUGAGGUUCCCACCGCCUAAGAUCCCUCGUCAUAAUUAUGCGGACAGUGUUGCUAAUGUUAGCAGCGCGAGGGACUCUUCUCUGGAGGCAUACUGCAACUCACCUAAGAGCGCGACGUCUUUGUCGAGCUUCACGCCUAUCAAUCCUCCCCGCUCACAUACUAUCCCUUUCUUGCAGCCUAAAAACAUCAUCGCUGCGAUCUCUAAUACAAUGCGCCCUGAUCAAGUCGCUGAAGGGAUUAGCGACGAAAGUGAUACGGGAAGUGAAGGAUCGUCGAACAUGUAUUCCACACCAAACUGUCCUUCCAUGGAUGAGAUGAUGGACAUCCAAAGGCCCGGUGAGGUUGAUGGUAUGCCUUCAGACAUGGACACCAGGCUGAGCGACUCCGAUGAUCUCACCGACUCGGACGAGGAGUGGGCUGAGGAUGAUGCCGAUGAUGAGGACUACCGAGGUCCAGCUGCUAAGAGGGAGGAUGGUGCAUCUCCGAAUACAAAGUCUGUAUCUCGCACUUCAAAAUUGAAGAACCCAAGCCGCAAGUCUCGCGCUUUGCGUCCUCGUUCGUCGCCUCAUUUCUAUCAUGAGGUCAAGGCUGCUGAGGCUUUGCUCCAUCUGCAUAAGAAUGAGUUGGAGACUAGCGAGCUUGAUACUGAGAUAGAGGAUGUCAGCUCCUCUUUUAGCUUUGUUACUCAAAAUGGGCCCAAGAACGAUCGUAAGCGGCGUCGUGCCUCUUAUUGA